UUACCCCUGCUCCACAGGCCCCUGCCCCCCCUACCCGUGCUCCGAGGGCCCAGCGACCUGCCAGGGCCCCCGCCCCAUCCACCCCUGCUCCGAGGGCCCAGCCGCCCGCUUCAGGGGACAGCGCAGCACCCAGAGGCACUGUCUGAUAGUCUAGGGGGCUCUGGGCCCCCGAGAGGUGGUCCGUCUCCCCAGCUCUCCUGCCACCUGCUUCCUGGGGACGCAGAAGCUCUGAAGGGACGAGAGGCCGGACAGGUAGAGGCGGGGGCUCCCCCUCAGCCCUGAGAGCAGGCCAUGAGCUUUGGUGUUCCUCUCUGCUUCUGCUUCUGGUCCCGCCGGCUCCAGGGCCUCCUCUUCCGCGACUUCUGGAACAGAAAGCGCUUCUCAGAGUCUCCCUCGCGGCCGCCGAAGGUGAGCACGUUGGACAGCUUCUUCCCCAGCCGGCGUCUGCCGGAGGAGGGCCUUCUUGGCUCCCGUCUAGUGUGCGUGGACAAGGUGCCUUCCUCCUCUACCGGCAGGAGGGGAUUCUGGUCCAGAGGCCACAUUUUGCCCCGUGGACCUCCACCCAUGUCCCUGGCUGACCAAGAGGCCCUGGACCCCUUACCUCUCAUCUUCAGUCAGACCAAGACGGUCAGUGGCUCUUGGACCAGAAGAGAAGGUGUCUGCGCCGCACCACGUCGGGGCCCAGGGCGCUACCGCGGGACCGGCCCGCGGAGGGCAGCCCGCGCGUCGGCAGGACUGCGGCACUGCCCUGCGACGGAGGAGAGAGAGGAAGUGGGUCUUUAUGUGGAGGCGGCGCCGCAGGUACCCGGGAGUCGGAGGAGCGGCUGUCACGGGAAGGCCGCGGGGAGGGCCAGCUGCCGCCGCCGCCACCGCCCUGCUCGGCGGCCUCCGGGAGCCGGGGGGGCGGGCGCGCUGCUGGAACCCGAGCCCGAGCCGGAGCCGGACGUCGAGCGGGCUGGGCGGCGGGGCGGCCUGGAGCCGGACGCGUCCGCGGCGUCCCCGCAGCCCGGGGCAGCAGGUGAGCCGCGGUUGGGGCGAGGCGCGAGCAGGCGUGGCGGCGCGGGGGCGCCGGGCUGGGGCUCGGGGGCGCGGCGGGGGGGCCCGGGCCCGGGGUGCGCGCGCGGGACCCUGGAGCGGCCCUGGAGGCCGGCGCGGGCGGGACGCUCGGGGGCCCAGUGCAGCGGCCCGGAGAGCGUGGGGGUGACGCGCCUGCGGAGGCCGAGCUGGGCGAGGGCAGCAGCCCCUCCACCCGCGCGGCCGCCGUCGCCGUGUCGAGGGGACCCCCUCUUUGCUGCGCCGGGCGAGGGUGGGGCGGAUGCUCCUUCUCCCCUCGCCCCGCCCUGCCCCGCAGUGUCCCGGGAGACCCGGCCUGGCGGGCCGCUCCUCCCACCCACCCAACUGGUCCCUCCGGUCCGAGCUCCGGGGGAGUGGAGCUGA